AACACACAGUUAGUUUCAGUCUUUGAUUUUCAGUGAAAAAAAUGGCGACGACGAUCAAGCUUAUCAAGGCCCGUCAGAUCUUCGACAGCCGUGGAAAUCCCACCGUCGAAGUUGAUGUUACUCUCUCCGAUGGAACUUUGGCUAGAGCUGCUGUGCCAAGUGGAGCUUCCACAGGUGUGUAUGAAGCGCUGGAGUUGAGAGAUGGCGGUUCGGAUUACCUUGGCAAAGGUGUCCUGAAGGCCGUGGAGAAUGUGAAUGGCAUCAUUGGACCUGCUUUGAUCGGAAAGGACCCAACGGAACAGACGCAAAUUGACAAUUACAUGGUUCAACAGCUUGAUGGAACUACAAAUGAAUGGGGUUGGUGCAAACAGAAGCUCGGAGCAAAUGCUAUAUUAGCAGUGUCUCUUGCUGUUUGCAAAGCAGGUGCCACUGUGAAAAAGAUACCCCUCUACAAGCACAUAGCCAAUCUUGCUGGAAACAAGACCUUGGUUCUGCCUGUCCCUGCAUUCAAUGUCAUCAAUGGAGGUUCUCAUGCUGGCAAUAAACUAGCUAUGCAGGAAUUUAUGAUUCUCCCUGUUGGAGCAUCUUCUUUUAAGGAAGCUAUGAAGAUGGGUGUAGAAGUAUAUCAUCAUUUGAAGGCUGUGAUUAAGAAGAAGUAUGGACAAGAUGCCACAAAUGUUGGGGAUGAAGGUGGCUUUGCACCCAAUAUUCAGGAAAACAAAGAGGGUCUUGAACUACUGAAGACAGCUAUUGCUAAAGCCGGAUAUACCGGGAAGGUUGUAAUUGGGAUGGAUGUUGCUGCUUCAGAAUUCUAUGAUGAUAAGGAUAAGACUUAUGAUUUGAACUUCAAGGAAGAGAAAAAUGACGGAUCACAAAGAAUAUCAGGAGACAGUCUGAAAAAUGUUUACAAGUCAUUUGUUACAGAGUACCCAAUUGUGUCAAUUGAAGAUCCCUUUGAUCAGGAUGACUGGGAACACUAUGCUAAGAUGACUGCUGAAAUUGGUGAGCAAGUGCAAAUUGUUGGUGAUGAUCUCCUUGUUACAAACCCAAAGCGUGUGGAGAAAGCAAUCAAGGAGAAGAGCUGCAAUGCCCUUCUUUUGAAGGUGAAUCAAAUUGGUUCAGUAACCGAAAGUAUUGAAGCUGUGAAAAUGUCAAAACGUGCUGGAUGGGGUGUCAUGGCAAGUCACCGAAGUGGUGAAACUGAGGAUACUUUCAUUGCUGACCUCUCUGUUGGGCUUGCAACGGGCCAGAUUAAGACUGGAGCUCCUUGCAGAUCAGAGCGCCUUGCUAAAUACAACCAGCUUCUUAGAAUUGAAGAGGAGCUUGGAUCUGCAGCAGUCUAUGCUGGAUCAAAAUUCAGAGUACCAGUGGAGCCGUACUGAUUUCAGUACUGGAAUCUUUAAACUGUAUAACUACAAGCCUAGUAGUUGGUAUUUUGAUGCUUGUAAUUUUGUUUGACAAACCUUCCCUAGUAUUAGGAGGGUUCAGGAAUCAAAUGCUUUGUGUUUGAUGGUUGGUAAUGCAUGGUUUUUCUUUUGGUU